UUUGCUUGUGUGAUUGAUGAAUAUGUUAUGGAGUGCUUGGACAGUUGGUGAGUGAAGUCAGUAAUGGCUUGGGUAGUCUUAUUCCAAAAUGGCCAAAUUUCGCAUUGUGGAAUGGUGUCUAUAGGAUAUUUGAAGAAUGUGCGAUGUCUGUUAUGGUUUUAGUGACCAUUUUAGCUGAAAUUUGGAGUGUUUAGUGCUGCCAUAUGUUGCAAAGAUCAUUUUGUUGAUUAAGAAAAAAGAAAACAUAAAGUACAUGAAUGAUCAAAAUAUGAAAUGAGUUUUAAAAUAACUGUGUACUUGUCAUAGAGCAGACAAUUAUCAUGUCGCUUAAAAUUGUGAGUAUAAAUGGGAUAAUUCCUAAUCUUAUAUUCUUUCACUCCCAAUCCCUGUCCAUUUCUCCCCCAGUUUUCUUAAUGACUCUAUCUUUGAUAACCUAAUUUUAAACUUUUUUAUGAUAAAUACUGUUAUGGUAAACUUUUAGCAGGUGGAAAAGGUGAUUAAUUUGAUUCUUUAGCACUAGCAUUGCCGAACAAGGUCUUUAAAUCAUUUCACUGAUCAAUGUAUUUGUGCUUAACAUUGAUUUUUGAUAUUUACCAUGCUAAGCUCAGGCUUCUGCACAAUCAUUCUUGAGGAAAAAAUCUAUUGGAGAUAAAUGUGAAUUCAGCCCUUCAAAGAAUGACUGAAGAACUUCUAAGGAGACUCUUAAUUGUUGGCAUGUUCAUUGCUGUAAUAGUUGUUUUCCAAUGUUGUUGGACAACCUAUUAUUCUCUGUUGCAUGAUGAUAGUAGCUCAUUGGCUUUCCCAGUUGAAAUUUUCAUUUCUGGAACUUGAGAAACAGAGGAUAUGGGUGUGUUUAGAUCCACAGAAAACAAUGUCUCUUUUGCCUCUCAUUCAAAGGAAUAUGCUUCUGAAAAAAAGGUUGAUUUGGAAAAAGAAUUGGAAUUUGAUGGGAGCAGAAAUUCAAGAAAGGGUCACAUUCUUAAUAAUAGGAGUUUUAAAGUGGGAAAUCAUGAGGAUGCAGUUUACAGUUUCAUUCAGAAAAGACCCAAGUAUGCUGAUUUGAGCCAUCUGAUAUGUUACUAGCUGUAGAAAAGCCUUCAAAUGUCAGUAGAAUACAAACUGUGGAAAUGGAACAACAAGUGUUGAAUUCUCCUUUGUCCAUUUUGAAUAGUAAACUUAAGAUGGGUACAUCGUGGACUAGGAGUAGGUUGGUGUGGCCAACUUCAAUAGCACAUAUGAUCUCUUUGUUGCUUCAGAGUUCUAAUUCUGCUUAUAUGAGGCCAAGGUGGUCUUCUUGACGUGACUGGGAACUCUUAUCUGCAAAACUGGAGAUUGAAAAUGCCCUUGCCAUACCAAAUUCUUCAGGACUUUAUGCACCUAUUUUCCAAGAUGUUUCCAAGUUUUCAAGGCCUCCCAUAUCACAAAGCAAUGCAAGAUUGUAUUAGGUCUCUUCAUAAUUCUGUUGUUGCUAAAGGCUUCCAAAUAGGGAAGGACACUACUCUACCUGUUACAUAUAUACACCCUAUGAAUGAUCCUCUAAGAUUUGCAGGAAAACCUCCUUCAAAUUGAUCUAUUCUUGCCUUUUUUGCAGGAAGCAUGUACGGUUAUCUCUGUCCAAUCCUGCUAAAACACUGGGAGACUAAAGAACCUGACAUGAAAAUUUUUGGUCCAAUGUCGCAUGAUUUGGAAGGUAAAAGAAUGUAUAUGGAGUAUAUGAAUAGCAGCAAGUAUUGCAUAUGUGCUAGAGGUUACGAGGUUCACAUGCCCAGAAUAAUUGAGGCCAUUUUUUCUGAGUGUAUCGGUUAUCAUAUGAUUCAUAUCAGAGAUAACUAUGUGCCUUCUUUAUUUGAGGUAUUGAAGUGGGAGAAAUUUUCUGUGUUUGUUCAUGAAAGGAAUAUCCCUAGUCUCAGAAACUUACUUCUCUUGAUCUCAGAAGAAAAGUACCUGGUGGCACUGCAUUUGCAGCAGCACUUCUUGUGGCACAAAGUUCCUGUUAAGUAUGACUUAUUUCAUAUGAUUCUUCAUGCAAUAUGGAACAAUAGGCUUUCUCAGAUUAGACCUAGGUGACCAUAUCAUGAAUAAGUUAGGCCAUGUUUAGAUAAAUUUCUUUGUAAGUACUUAUAAGUGAAGAAAAUAAGAAAGGAAAAAAGAAAC